UGGCUCUGGGCUCCUUCCUCUGCGGCCACCGUACACCUGCGCCGGGCGCGGGUCUCGGGGUCUCGGUCCAGGCCGCGGCGCCAUGGUGCUGUGCCCGGUGCUAGGAAAGCUGCUGCACAAGCACGUGGUGCUGGCCAGCGCCUCCCCGCGCCGCCGGGAGAUUCUCAGCAACGCGGGUCUCAGGUUUGAGGUGGUUCCUUCCAAGUUUAAAGAGAAGCUGAAUAAAGCCUCGUUCUCCACCCCGUAUGCAUAUGCCGUGGAGACUGCCAGGCAGAAGGCUCUGGAAGUGGCCAACAGGUUGCACCAGAAGGACCUCCGGACCCCCGACGUGGUCAUCGGGGCAGACACCAUCGUGGCAGUGUCCGGGCUGAUUCUGGAGAAGCCGUUGGAUAAGCAGGAUGCCUACAGGAUGCUAUCUAGGCUGAACGGGAAAGAGCAUAGUGUGUUCACUGGUGUCGCCAUCGUCCACUGCUACAGUAAAGAGGGUCAGCUGGACACUGAGGUCUCCGAAUUCUAUGAGGAAACAACUGUGAAGUUCUCAGAACUGUCCGAGGAGCUGCUCUGGGAAUACAUCCACAGCGGGGAACCCAUGGACAAAGCUGGCGGCUACGGGAUCCAGGCGCUGGGCGGGAUGCUGGUGGAGUAUGUCCACGGGGACUUUCUCAACGUGGUGGGCUUCCCGCUGAACCACUUCUGCAAGAAGCUGGUGGAGCUGUACCACCCUCCCCACCAGGGGCACCUGCAGCGGACCAGACAGGACUCUAUCCCACCCGUGGACACGUUUGAGAAUCCCAGCGACGUGGACGGUGAUGGCUCCAAGCUUGUUCAGAGGACAGUGGGCAGCAAGGACAGGACAGAAGUUGGCACUGACCACCAGGCUAGGGGCGCCCUCAACACCGACUGUAACAGGAUGGUGGGGCCCCUGCCCCCUUUCCCGGCCAGACUUCUAGAACUGGUAGAUGGCUUCAAAGUAUCAAAGGCCCUGUUCACCGCAUGCAGACUGAAGGUGUUUGACGUGUUGAAAGGUGAAGUGCCCCAGAAGGCUGUGGAUGUUGCCAGCAUGGUGGACGUCUCUGUGUGUGGAGCUGAACGACUGUUGGACGUCUGUGCCAUCCUGGGGCUCCUGGAGAGGUCCGAGCGAGGUUACUGUAACACAGAGUUGGCAGAUCUGUACCUGGUGUCGGACAGCGAAUACUCCCUACGUGACUUCAUCAUGCAUAGUGACCAGCACACCUGGAACCUCUUCACACGUUUGGAGGUGGCCAUUCGAGAGGGAAAGAAGGCAGAAGACCUGUCCCAGGACACCUCCCUCCAGACCAGAGAGGAGAAGCUACAGUUCCUGGGGGCCAUGCACAGCCUCACCAAGCUGACCGCGCGCCACGUGGUCACAGCCUUCGACCUGUCCCAGUUUGCCUCCGCCUGUGACCUGGGAGGCUGCACGGGUGCCCUGGCCCGAGAGCUGUCCCGGGAGUACCCGGAUCUGAAGGUGACGGUGGUCGACCUCCCGGACGUCAUCGAGCAUGUCCCCCAUUUUCAACCCGAUGGGCCAGAGACGGCACGAGUCAGCUUCCAGGCGGGUGACUUCUUCAGAGACAGCCUCCCUGAGGCUGACUUGUUCCUUCUGUCCAGAGUCCUCCACGACUGGCCAGAUGACCGUGUGCACGCGCUGCUCAGCAGAGUGUCCAGCAGCUGCCAUCCAGGGGCUGGCCUCUUGCUGGUGGAAGCUAUCCUGGACUCGGAGGAGCAAGAGCCGCGGGCCAGCCUGACGUGGUCACUGAACUCACUGCUGCAGACGCGGGGCAGGGACAGGUGUGUGGCCGAGUACCGGGCCCUGCUGGAGCAGCACGGCUUUGGGGACGUGCAGGAGGCGCCCGCAGGGCCUGGCCUGACUGCGCUCUUGGGCAGCAGAAUCAGCCAGUGAGAUGGGGCACUGCAGGCAUCCUGCAGACCUUCUUGCCGGGCUAGGCUGAGGGACCCCAGCCCCAAACACUGGUCUUCAGAGUAAGUGUUAAUUAAUCCAUGUCACUUCCAAAUGGACUGUGAUGGUGGAAUAAAGUGAGGGAAAGCCG